AAAUAAAUAAAAGCUUACAGACAAAACAGCAAUAAUAACCGAAUCGUGUAUAUUUACCCAGAUUUCCAAAUUCUUAAUACUUUACCCCAUUUUUGUUGUUUGUUUUGCGUCAGUGUUCCGUUGUCCUGGCUAUUGUGGUACGCCUAUUGCACACACUUCAUGUACACCGCGGUGCAGGCGUCCCGGAGGGAAGGGGACCGUGGGACGCGCGGCGCGGCGCAGCGCCCCCUGCCGUCCGCGGGAGGAACCAGCGCGGCUCGCCGGACGCGGAAACAUGGCGCGGCCGCCGGCGAGCACAGGGUCGCAGGCGCCCGACCCGGACCAACGGGAAGCCAACGUGGUGACGCGCGUGUCGCAGUGGGCGGACAGCCACCUGCGCCUCGUCCAGAACGUCAGCACGGGAAUGGCCAUAGCUGGGAUCGUGUUACUAAUGAGAAGUGUCCGGCUGACAUCAAAAUUCACAGCCUCUUCAGAUAUUCCAGUGGAGUUUAUAAGAAAGAAAGUGAAGCUCCGUGGCCGAUUACACCGGAUAACCGAGUGUGGUCUAGAAAUUGAACAUAUUCCUAUUACUUUACCUUUUAUAUCUUCGUGGAAAAAAGAGCCAUGUGGGUUUUUGCUGGUUAAGCUGGCUGGAGUAGAACUCACUGAAACCGGUAAGGUCUGGUUACAGAAAGAGCUGAAACCUUCCCAGCUGCUGUGGUUCCAGCUUCUUGGAAAGGAGAAUUCAGCACUGGUUUGCUACCUUCUAGUGAACAAGGGUGGAUAUUUUAACGUGAAUCUGAAUGAGGAAAUUUUAAGAAGAGGCUUGGGCAAAACUGUUCUUGUUAAAGGGCUAAAUUAUGACUCAAAAGCCCACUGGAAAAUCCACAGAAACUUACUUAAGGCUGAACUGACAGCCGUAAAGAAAGGAGAAGGAAUAUGGAAGGAAGAGUCUGAAAAAGAAAGCUAUUUGGGAAAAUUCAAAGAUUCCUGGAGAGAAAUAUGGAAAAACGACAAUUGUUUAAAAACAAGCAGACCAGAUUUCCACUUGACCAAAGACAGUUAUUAUGACAGGUUUCGAAGGGAUUAUGGAAGCUGGAAGGACCACGUGGGCAACUUCUCUUUAGUUUUGAAACUCAGAGAACUUGUGAGCCGCUUGCACUUCGGGAGAAAAAGAUGAAGCAUCCUUGAGGCCUAGAGGUGACCUCUGACAAGUGCAUGACUAUAUGACCACUUUUCCUUGAGUCAAAUGGAAAUUUCUUCAGGUGACCAAAAUUCUAGUCUUAAAAAUUCAAAACACUGUUAAAACCAAAAUCAAUUUGAAAGAAUUAUGAUCAAUGCAAUAUAUUUUCAGGAAAAAGUGACACACUAUACAGUUACCUGGUAGAAGGCUGUAUCCAUGUAGAACUAGUGUUUUGCCUGUUUCUUCUCCUGCCCUGCCCCCUAGUGCUGUGGAUUGAACGCAGGGCCUCAUGCACUCUGGAUUCGCUAGCAUACCUUGGUCAAGUCUCAUUGCCAGCAUUAAUGUCUCAAAAGAAAGUUCAAGUAUUGACUGUUAAAUUAGUUAUUUGGCAUAGCCAGAUUUAAUAUUUGUUUUUCAAUUUCAUCACUUUAUAAUAAAGGAAGUUUUGGAAUGUUUUCUUUCUAAGCCACUUUUUCUCAUAGUGUCUUUCUAGCUGCUAGUGAGUUUGGGCCAGGGCCACAAGAGCUAGGGACACCAUUCUUGGGAAUAAAGAUGGCUAACCUCUGCUGUAGUUAGAUGAGAGGAUUACUCUUACGACAGAGGACAAAGAUGGCCCCACAGAGUAGAGAAAGGAAGGAUCUUUAGGACACCACUGAACCCUGAACGAGCCAACUCCUUGUGUGGUGAGAAAGUCAACUGCCUUGAUAGCAAAGCCAGUGUGAGCUGAGCGUGGCGGCACACACCUGCAAUCCCAGCACUUGGUAAGUAGAGACUGGAGGAUACGGAAUUCGAGGCCAAAGUAUCUUUAGAAAACAACCAAAGGGAGAAACCCUGACUCAAAAAACAAAAAAAAAAAAAAAAGAAAAAAAGAAAACAACCAAAAAGACUUUACUUGAUCUUGCAGUGUAGUAGUGAUAGCACUCUGCCAGGGCGUGAUUAAUAGCUUAUCAGAAGUUUAUUGAUUAAUGUUAAGACUGUGAACAGCAGCGCAAUGAGAGAGAGAUCUGAUAGCUUGCAUUUGUACACCUAAAACAUUCCUAUACUCUGAAACAUUUUUAUCUUCAGACCUUUAUAACAUGCAUGUACAUACCUUAAGUCACUUGCAUGUGUACACCUUAAAACACCUUCUUGGCCCCUAAAACAUUGCAAGAUCCUCACAUCGUGAGCCUUGCACCCCCAAACACCUUUUAUUUCAACAUGGUAAGAAGUUAUGCUGAAGUCUGUUUUGUGAGGUUGUCCCCUUCAAACUGGCAAAACCUCCCAGCCAUCAAACUGCACCAGAGUUCUUGAGAAGGAUAAAAUUUUUACCCGAGUUAUUGAUUUAAAAAUGGCAGAGAACUAAAAUUCUUUUUCUAUGUUGAAAUCACACAUACUGCCUGAGUCAGGACCCUCAAACCUUAAGAGUGCUUACUCCCCGGAAUGCUGGGAUGGCUGUAGAGCUGUUCCACCGCCCUCUAACCCUGACACUGGUAGGUAGUCCAGGCUGGUCUUGAGUUCAUAUUCCGGUGUAAGAAAAUACACUGCCUAUAGCCAAGAUGCACAUUAUUUUAUUUAUUUUCUUGUUAUAAAUACAUGCGAUGUGUCUACAAGGCAAAAGCAACUCCUUCCCAUUC